GUGAAAUGCAUAGUGCUUGGUCUCCCACUUUGUGAUUGUCUGCUGAUCGAUUGUCAGGUUCUGCAGCUGCAUCUAGUGCAAGUAUCACCAUUCUGAUGUCGGAGUGCAGACAGGUGCAUCUCGGCCUUAAAAGGUGCUUUGGUGAUACAGCUCAAGUUUUCUGCAUCUGAGUCUGUUCUUCAUCUGACUACUUGUGACGUGAGCCAUCUCCAUUUGAACCAACCAGAAGUGAGCCCACCCAUUUUGCUACUGUUUCACCCCUCGCUGUCUCUCAAGUCUAUUUGUCUCCGCGGCCCCUUUGAAGCAACACUCUCUGGCAGCUACUGGAGGAUAUUUCCACACAGAAUCGUCUUUCAGUUUUAGAACUGAGCACCGUAAUGUCCAAGGGUGGAUAUCCCUCUGUGUUUAUGGUGGACACCCACGCCACCCGGCCACCAGUGCCACCGAGGUUGAGCCAGGGGCAACGGCGUCCCGGGGCGGCGCAGACCCUGCUGAUCAUGCUGGUGUGCGUGGCGUUGUGUGGCCUUGCCAUAGAAGCCUGCUUUAUCUACCGUCUCUACCAUCUUGAACCUGAUACCCAAACAUCACACUCUAAUCAAAUUGCAGGUCAAGACUUUACUUCUUCCACUAAAAGUCCCAGUCCUUCUAGUCUCCCUGACAAACCGGUUGCUCAUCUGACAGGUGGACAAGAUGUAGUUCACGGAGAUAAAAUCAUGGCAUGGAGCAUGAUUGCAGACCCUCUCCUCUUUGAAAUGGGCUACAAAGACAAAAGUAUUGUCAUUCAGAAGGACGGUUUUUACCACGUUUAUUCCAAGGUUUCCUUCUUAGACACUGGUGGAUUUGUCCACUCUGUUAAUCGGAAAACUAAACUGUACUUGGGGAAAAGUUUUCCCCUCCUGAUGUCUAAAAAAUACUCAAAGAAGUCCAGGGAGAUGCGAUCCAACAGUUACCUGGGUGGGGUGUUUCACCUCAGAAAAGAUGAUGCCCUUUUUGUGGAAGUGAGCAAUACCUCAAACAUUGUGCAACAGAAAUCCUUCGAGAACAUCUUCGGUGCUUUUAUGAUAUAAAUAUCACAUUGAUAUUUCACCAUGAAUCCGAACGUUUGAACAGUGAAUAAAAGAUGAAAAUAAAAGUUACAAGGAUUAACGAUUCUCUUUGUAAAGAACAAGUAGGUCUUAACCGGAAAGACAGGCAGGUGUGAAAACCCCUUUGUGCAUCUGAGUGUUAUGAAGCUCAGGACCGAGAUGGUAUGGCUUUCUUAUCGAGGGAGGAGGGGCGGAGGGGGGUGGAGGGGGGUUGAAACUCUUCAAUUUUUAAUAUUUUACAGUUUUACAGUGUAAUAGAACGUUUCUUAUCAGGGAUUUUUUAAAUACUUCUUUAUACUUAUUUUAAACGGUAAUCGUCCGAAUGUUGAAAAAUAACUCGUCAUAGAUGGAUUUUUCAAAAAACGUUCAUACCUUGUUCAGUCUUCCUGAUCUUCAUAUUGUUGCUGAGUAUAAACGUAUGUGUCAUGUUCAUGCUAAAAUUAAAAACAUACAAACUGUCUCCUUACACAUUUCUUUUCAUUUUUGCUGUAACGUUUUUGCUGCACACUAUUUAUUUAUUCCUCCAGCAGUAGAAUGAAUGAUAUAAUCACUUUAAAGAUCCAAUGUGUAGGAAUCUCUCUUGCUUCACCACUCAUUUCCCACGUACACACACUCUACGCACCGGCUCUGUUCCAAAUGACUCUAGGGAGGAACAUUCGUGUUUUCGUGUCAUCCAGCGUAGCUCUCCAACGCGCUUGACACAAGGGAGGGAGAGGAUUCAGUCGUUUGCAAUCUCCUCAACUCUCCGCUAGAUACUACACACUGGACCUUUAAUUCUGCUGUAUUUAUGUACAAUAAUGUAUCCAAAAGAUUGAAAUAAACAUAAUGAUUUAAAA